UUCUUCUCCCUUCCCCAAGAAGCAAAUCCAACCUAACCAGAAUGAGAGCGAAGAGAGCAUCGUCAGCACAACUGACAAAGCUGGUUCUGUUGCCCAAAAACCCAACGAGGAAAGAGCUUUCCUUAUUUUUAUUUCUUCGCCAUUUCUCACUCGAUGUCAGCAGCUCUGCAACAACAACAACGACGACGACGACCGCAGCGGCAGCAGAUGAUGAUGCAGAGGCCGUGACCCGGGUUGUAGAGCUACUCCAAAGCCAAGAUGUUAACUGGGAGGGUGAAAAACUCCGGCAGCUUCUGUCCUCAUCUAAUUCACCAUUCACCCAUUUUCGUCUCCUCCAAAUCAUCCGACGAGUGGGUGACAGCUCCAAAGCUCUUAAAUUCCUUGAAUGGAUCGAACAAUAUACUUCAUCAUCAUCGUCAUCACCGAUCUCGUCGUCUCUCCCGCAGGCGCCCUCUGCCUCCGUCUAUCAGGCCUUGUUCGAGCUCGCUAGCAGAGAACCCGACUAUGACCAAAAGCUAUCCCAGCUCCUUCUGACAUCCAAAGCUCGUGGCGUCCCCCUCACCCGCGACUCCGCAUCACUUCUCAUACGUUGUUUCGGCAGAGCCCAGAUGGCCAUGGAAUCUGUACGAGUCUUCAACGACCUCGAUCCAUCGCUUCGGAACACAUACCUUUACAAUACCCUCAUCGAUGUCCUCUUCAAGUCGGACCGCACAGAUGAUGCUCUGCGUAUCCUCAAUGAUAUGCUUGCGCCCGAUUCAUCGUCUCCUCCCAAUGAUGUCACUGGUUCUAUUGUCUUCUCGGCAUUAUUGAAAAGGAAUCAACCAAGAAGGGUGGUCAGUGGGGAAGAAAUAAUUGAACUGAUCUCCAAAAUGGGUGAGAGCGGGGUUUUCCCUGAUGCAGUACGACUAACUCAAUUGGUUACCAAGCUCUGCAGAAGCGGUAAUACCGGCCGGGCUUGGGAUGUUCUCCACCUCGUGAUGAAGAUGGGCGGAGCAGUGGAGGUUCCAUCUUGCAAUUCCCUCUUGACAGGAUUGGGCCGAGAGAGAGAUUUGGAGAGGAUGAACUUGCUCAUGUCUGAGAUGAAGCAGAUAGGCAUUCAGCCUAGUGUUGUAACUUUUGGAAUUCUGAUCAAUAACCUCUGCAAAUCACGCAGGGUCGAUGAGGCACUACAGGUGUUUGAGAAAAUGUCUACGGAAGGAGAAAACGCUGGGGUGGCUGUUCAACCGGAUGUAAUCACUUUCAAUACUCUGAUUGAUGGGCUCUGCAAAGUGGGAAGGCAAGAAGAAGGCCUGACUUUGGUUGAUCGGAUGAAAUCCCAGCUUUCCUGCUCUCCUAAUAUCGUUACCUAUAACUGCUUGAUUGACGGAUUCUGCAAGGCAGGAGAGAUUGAGAGGUCGCAUGAGCUCCUUGAACGAAUGAAGGAAGAGGGUGUUCCUCCCGAUGUGGUCACGCUGAACAGCCUGGUUGAUGGGAUGUGCUCCCAUGGCAGGAUUAGUCGAGCCGUUGAGUUCUUUCGUGAUAUGCAGAGAAGUGGUCUGAAAGGAAACGUAGUCACUUACACGACCUUGAUCAAUGCUUUCUGCCAUGUGAACAAUAUUGAUAAAGCAAUGGAAUUAUUUGAGGAGAUGGUCGGUUCUGGUUGUUGCCGUGAUCCCGUAGUGUACUACACAUUGAUCUCUGGCUUGGGCCGUGCAGGGAGGUUGGAUGAUGCUUGGUCCUUUGCAUUGAAAAUGCAGGAAGCUGGGUUCCACCUUGACACAAUGAGCUACAACAUUCUUAUCAGUGGAUUCUGUAAAAAGAAGAAAUUGGAUAAGGCGUAUGAGAUGCUUAAACAGAUGGAAAAGGAAGGCAUUCGACCUGAUGGAGUCACCUAUAACACACUGAUUGGGACUUUGAGCAAAGAAGGGGAUUUCUCCACUGCACAUCAAGUGAUGAGAAAGAUGAUUGACGAGGGUCUUGUGCCUACAGUCGUAACCUAUGGUGCACUGAUCAAUGGCUAUUGCAGAGCUGGUCUCCUUGAUGAAGCCAUGAAGAUAUACAGAGACUUGGGUUCCACUUCAAAGAUCCCACCCAAUACUGUUAUUUACAAUAUUCUGAUUGACUCCCACUGCAAAGAUAAGAAGAUUGAAGCAGCCCUCUCUCUAAUGGAUGAGAUGCACAUUAAAGGCGUUCCCCCAAGCACUACUACAUACAAUGCCUUGUUCAAGGGUCUUCAGGAGAAAAAUUGGUUGGAUAAAGCAUUUGAGCUGAUGGAUCAGAUGCAUACAAAGGCCUGUAAUCCUGAUUAUGUAACCAUGGAGAUUCUCACUGAGUGGCUUUCAGCUGUAGGUGAGACAGCCAAAUUGAAAAGGUUUGUGGAGGGUUACGAGGUUUCUGUUUCGAACAUGUAGAGAAAGUUCUGGCAAGGAAAUUUUUUUGGGAAA